AUGACCUAUCAGAAUAACCAUAAUGGAAACAUCUUGUCCGGAAUCCAAGCGGUGCGUCUGUUCUGGUCCGUCCACCGUGAACGCCGCCGGUCCAGUCAGCUCUCGGUUCUGACGCGCAGCAGAACCUCUUCCUACUCAUCCGCAAUUGCCAGCAUCGCUGAAUGUCCGGAACUGGAACCAGAACCUCCGGAGGAGGACGGCAAAUUCUGCCGAAUCUGUCGCCACAGCGACGAACUCCUGCUGGAGAACAUCUGCGAGUGCAAGGGAACCAUGGGACAAAUCCACGAGCGAUGCCUCCGGCUUUGGACGAUCUACCAGCGCAGCCAGGUGUGCGAGAUCUGCCGGUCCAAGUUCCGGUUCAACUUUGACGCGAACAAGCUGAGCCCCACCAAGCUGGUGCUGAACUUCAUCCGGCGGCGUUACUUUCUGGUGCUACUCCGCGAUCUGCUCAACUUUAUGGUGCUGUUUGGGGUGUCCGUGCUGCAGAACGCCAACAUCAUGGCCCUGAUCCAGGAGGAGACCAGCACGGGGGCGUACUAUCGGGCCCUUCCGGUGGCCGUCCUCGGCGCGUGCCUGUACGAUCUGUACUUUUCCCGGUGGGUCAUGAACCGGACCAGCCGGGCGUACGGCAUGAUCCGCGAGUACUGGGUGCUGGCCCACGACGACGAGUUCCUGGGGUACUUUGAUCAGCAGUACGCCGUGUUUGGGGAGAACCAGAGUGAAAUUGAGAAUAUGCUGCUGGCGGAGUAUGAUGCACCGGAUGAUUGA